GUAUGAGUAAAACUUGGGCACUGUGGUAAUACCGCCCAGUCUCAUUUAUAUAUGCUGGCAGCAAAGACAGCUUUUGAUGAAAAUCUGAAUACUCGUAGAAGUGGUUCCAUUGAAACACACUCCGUCUUUCUGAAUCGUAGGAAGUCACUGAUGCGAUUGGCAUUGUUUUCGAAUAUUCUGGUCUCGUUCCUCGGUCUCAUUGUGGUUGACUUCUAUGCUGAUUUCAGAGUGAACAACGCUUCUUGGAACUUCCUCACAUAUAUCGACCAAAUUAACAUAAUCAGCUGUGCCUCCUGUGGUUGUUAUGAAGCCGGCCAGGGUCAUGCACAGCAUAUUUCAAAUUCCUAUGAAUACAUGACAACCGUAGAGAAAAGAAGAGAAGUGAAUAGAAGUGAGAAAGAGAUUGUGAUAUACAAAUAUGCGGAUAAACAUUUCAGAUAUGGUUGCUAUUUUUAUAUUAUUUAACCAAGGACACUACUGAUGCAGUUUUGUAUUUGCUGUGGCAGUAGUGUAAUCAUCUUCAUGCAAUGAGUCACCUGAAUAGAAGAUGUUCUUGGUUUCAGGGUCAUGCACAGCAUAUUUCAGAUUUCUAUGUAUAAAUAUUAUUUACAAAGACACAGUUAGAUAUGUCGUUCAGUAGAUCAGAUUUGAAUUCCUUGUCUCCAUCAAUUAUGUUGUGUAACUGCAAAUAUUUCUACUCAGGAACACAGUGUCCCA